GCAUGGGGCUGGUGGAGGCGCUGGGCGCCGGCGCGGCGCGGCUUCUCUUCUACCCGUCGCUGCUGUACACGGUGGCGCGGGCGCGGCUGCCCGGGUCCCGCCGGCCCUGGUUCCACCGCAUCGACGAGGUCGUACUGCUCGGGGCGCUGCCGCUGCGGGGGCGCAUCCGCGGGCUGGUGGCGGAGGAGAACGUGCGCGGCGUGGUCACCCUCACCGAGGACUACGAGACCCGGUUCCUCUGUUUUUCUCCCCAGGAAUGGGAGGCAAUGGGAGUGGAGCAACUGCGUCUUAGCACUGUGGAUCUAACUGGAGUCCCCACCUUGGAAAACCUGCACAAGGGCGUGGAGUUCAUCCUGAGACACCGGGCCUGUGGUAACAGUGUCUAUGUGCACUGCAAGGCAGGACGCUCCCGCAGUGCCACCAUGGUGGCAGCAUACUUAAUUCAGCUGCAUCACUGGAGCCCUCAGGAAGCAAUAGAGGCCAUUGCCAAGAUUCGUCCCCACAUCCUCAUUCGACACAAGCAAGUCCAGGUCCUGGAGAAAUUUCACAGGAAUAUGAUCAGUGGGACAACUGCAUAGCUUAGUAAAAACUAAUCAAAAUCAGAAUCAAAAUCCUCAUUUCAGCUGCUAUAAAAAAAGUUUUUAUGAUCUAACAAAAGUUUAAGGGUUUUCAUUCUUGACUAUCAAUAAAGAACAUUUUACAGUUAAGGUGAAA